AUGCCUGAAUCAAUCUUGGCAUUGAAGGAACUCGAGACCCACAAAGAAGAGAAGAAGAAGAAGAAGAGAAGUGGUUCGGAGAAGAUAAAGACUUGGAAGGUUCCAUUUGAUAGUCAAAUGAGCAACAUAUCAGUGUUAAUUAUUGACAAAUCUUUCCCUGCCACCCUCAGAGGGGCUGCUAAGGUAUGGUUCAGUAAGCUGUCAGCAUCUUCAAUAGCGAAUUUUGAACAGUUCAGUGACUCAUUUGUUUGCCAAUUCAUUGGGGGGCAGCGUCACAAAAGGCCAACCUCUUACUUGCUAAUAGUAAGGCAACAAGAAGGGGAAAGCCUAAGGGAUUAUGUGAAGCGUUUCAACAAGGCUGUGCUGGAAAUUGACGAAGUUAAUGACCAAGUGAUAAUGACAACCUUCCAGGCUGGACUCAACAACCACAAUCUCGUCCUUUUGUUGGGGAAGACGCUGCCAAUCUCUAUGACAGAUUUCGUGUUCAAAGCUCAAAAGUACAUGAACGGAGAUGAUGUCCUUACUGCAAAGGGGCUAACAGGAAAACGGAAGAAGGAAGAACCUAGUGAUUCCCCAGGGAAGAAAAAGGAUUGUAAAGACUCAUAUUCGGAGGCUAAGGCUAGCAAUAGCAGUUCUGACACCCCGAAGAAGAAGAUGAAUUCCACCCCAUUAGUGAUGCCCGCAAACAAAAACCUGAUGCAAAUUAAGGAUGAACCAGGCCUAAAAUGGCCCAAGCUGUUAAGUACGUCCUCCAGGAAGUGUGACCCGAAGAAGUAUUGUGGUUUUCACAAGGAUCACGGCCACUACACUGACAAAUGA